AUGGUGUUGACACAAACGUCAAAACAAAUAGUCAGCACUUUUCUGAGAGCACGUUCUCGACUGCGUACUGCUAAAAGCGUCGCAUGGCAAUUGUUUCACAACAUCAACUGUCUUUAUGGGAAGAAAGUUCAUUCAAAAAGCCAAUCCAGUGAUAAAAUGACUAAACAGCGCAUGUCAUAA